AUUAGAACUGAACAAGAUCCGAUUCGAUCGAAUCGAAUUUAGGAUCGAUGGGCUUGCUGUUUGUGAUACGUCUUGAGGGGAGGAUCUACAGCUGCAAGCACUGCCAGACCCAUCUCGCUCUAUCUCAUGACAUCCUCUCCAGGACUUUUCAUUGCAGGCAUGGGAAGGCUUAUCUCUUCAAUAAGGUAGUGAAUGUUACUGUUGGGUUGAAUGAGGAGAGGAUGAUGAUGACUGGGAUGCACACAGUUGCUGACAUAUUCUGUGUUGGUUGUGGGUCAAUUGUGGGAUGGAAAUAUGAGGCUGCACAUGAAAAGAGCCAGAAAUAUAAAGAAGGAAAAUUUAUUCUUGAAAGGUUCAAAGUUACAGGUCCUGAUGGAAGCAAUUACUUGCUAAGCCAUGAAGUUCAUGUUGGGGGAAGUGACACUGAUGAUGUUUAAUUUGUCUGGACAAAGUUGUCCCAGGAAUAAUUGUAUAUUCUUUCCCGUCAAUGCUCUUGUCUCGUCUGAUAUAGAUUCAGAACAUUCAUUCUCUUUAACACAUGGUAAUCAACUGCAGCAUAGUAUAUCAAUAAAUUAGACACUGUUUGCUCGCA